GGAAAAAACGAAUAUGAAAGUGCAGCGAGUCUAAACAGGGGUAUUUUGGUAAUCCGAAAAAGAAAACGCCUGGAACUAGGGUUUCACUACUAUAAAAAUCAUGAACUCCCUCUCUUCGCUCGCCAUUUCGAACACUUUCAGCAAGCAGAAAUCCCAGCAGCUAAGGAAGGUUAGCUAUGGCGACAGUACCUGGGCAGUUGAUAUGGGAGAUAGUGAAGAAGAACAACUCAUUUUUGGUGAAGCAGUUCGGUAGAGGAUCUGCUGGCCUUCAGUUUAGCAAGGAGUCGAAUAAUCUCUACAAUCUCAACUCCUACAAGCACUCUGGGUUGGCAAAUAAGAAAACAGUCACCAUUCAGCCAGGAAAAGACCAAUCUGUGGUCCUUGCUACAACUAAGACCAAGAAACAGAACAAACCUGCGGCUUUGCUUCACAAGUCUAUCAUGAAGAAGGAGUUCCGCAGAAUGGCCAAGGCUGUUGAGAACCAGGUCGGAGAUAACUAUUACAGGCCUGAUUUAAAGAAAGCGGCUCUUGCAAGGUUGAGUGUGGUGCAUAGGAGCCUGAAGGUUGCGAAAUCUGGUGUCAAGAAGAGGAAUAGACAAGUUCAGAAGGUCUGAGUAGCAAGUUAAGGGGAAAAUAUGUCCUCUGUUUCUCCUUUGCAGCAGACUGAAUUUGCCGAAUCCAGUUGGUUUUGUUUUGGAUGUUGAUUUAUGUUAGAUGCUGAACUAUAGAGAUUGUUAUUUACUCUCGAUAAGUUGGUUUUGUUAUAUUUUAUACAAGUUUUAGCCAUUUAAAUAA